CGCUAGGAGUCUGACUCAGACACACACACACAUAUACGGAACCACUGGCUGUGUAUUGUCAUGUAUUCUUGUCAACUUGAGUCAUCUCUCCCGAGGGGCAGGAGCGGAGUCUUUGCAGACGAUACGCCUUUAAGGCCGGCGAGAGGGUGGAGUCUGAAGGCGCCGUGAAACCGCUACAUCUGCUGAAAGUGACCAGAGCCGGGAGUUUUACUGAACACCUGUACGGUACAGUCCACACAGGGAGUGCGGGUGACGGACUGAUUGACUGACCGUCUGUCUGGGGACCGGGCCCGUUCAGCUUUUCCGUGGUCGUUAAGGGAGAGACCGCCUGAAACAGCAGCACUGUCGUUUGGAUAAGGAGCCCGCGACCUUUAUUUGAUUCUCUGCCCACCAUCAGCAACCCCCUCACCCUGCUCUCUCUCUCUCUCAGGCCGAAUUUGUAACCAGCAGCCAGGAUGGCGAUGAUACACAGAGUCACAUUGACUUGCCUCCUUUCGCUUAUCUGCUACAUUACAGUUGAAGGCGACACCAGCAACAGCACUGCGUCCACGGGAGGGACAAAUGCCACAGAAUUGACUCCUGUGACGUCCAGGUCAUCAUCCAGCACCAUUACAGUAGUGGAAUCGCAGACAACUAAACACAUAUCCACUUCAAAACCAAGUACAGUUGACAAGAGCACUACCUCAACACCCAGUUCUGCCUCUGAGGUAACUGCAGUGUCUACCACUGUUCCAAUAUCUGACACAAGUCUUUCAGCAAGCUCCCCACUUAUUUCAAUGACCAGUGUAACAUCAUCUUCAACCAGAGAAAAUACAAGAACAACCGAAGCACAAACCUCUUUUUCAAAUGCAACGUUUGCUCCCACGUAUUCCCCAGUUAACAUGACAGUUGCAACAUCAGGGGCUUCAACUCUUCAAACGGUAGCCACAGCUGAGAUUCCAACAAACACCACAGAAAAUACCACCCAAAGUUCAACCCCAGAACACACAACCACCGCCGCCACACCUCAUAAUGCAUCAACCAGCAUACCAGCUACAAGUGGAGAAAUUAAUGUUACUAUGUCAACAGUCUUUUCCACCACUGAAAGAUCUACGUGGGUUCCGAUGAACAUUACGUCAGCCAACACAUCUGCAAACAGUGAAGCCAGCACAAAUGUUACAAUGCCAGCAACUGCUACAGUGUCAAUGAAUGCUACAGUGCCAAUGAAUACUACAAGUGAGGCAAUGACUCAGAGUACAGAACUUUCCAAUUCUACUUGGUCCACAACCCAGCCUCCAAAGACCACGACUCCACAGCCUACAGAUCAUUGCAAAAAUGCAAUCUGUCCUCCAAGCAGUACUUGUGUGAAUCUGUUUCAGACGUAUAAGUGUCAAUGCUUCCCUGGGUUCUUUGAAAAGGAAAAUAGCUGUGUAACAGCGAGAAACUUCCCAGGAAUCUUGCACUUAACAAAAAUCAAUUUUACGGAUGACAUGAAUGAAAUAAACUCAAAGGCAUUUUAUGACACUGCAAAAGAAGUAGAGAAAGAGAUGGCGAUCCUUUUCAAAAACGACAGUUCCUUCUACAAAUCCGUUGUUCGGAAGCUUGGAAAAGGAAGUGUUAAUGCCUUUUUAGACAAUAUUUUUGAAUUUUCUUCCAACGCAACAGAGAGCUCUGUCACCGCACUUAUCAAAUAUGGUAUCAAAAAUUGUGCAUCCUGUAAGCUAAUAUCGUCUUCAGACUCUUAUACUGGCCAAAACGUAUGCAACCUGAACCCUUGCGAUAACAGCACCUCACUAUGUAAAGCAAACAAUGGGAUUGCUACCUGCAACUGUCUGCCCGGCUACUUCAAGUUUGCUGCUUCUGAUCGAAGCUGCAAAGCCUGUCUAAGUGGAUUUAAGCUUGAAAAUAGAAUAUGUGUGAAGUGUCCAUUUGGUUAUGGAGGAUUUAACUGUGAUAAAUCAUAUUUACUGGCAGUUGUGGUGAUCUCCUGUGUACUGGGUGGUAUCCUCCUCCUCUCGUUGUUGGCCCUAAUUGUAACCUGUCUCAGGUGCAAAAGUGGCUCUUGCAGUUCCUCAUCAGACUCUCACGACUAUGUCAUGUGGCCCAAAUCCGAGAUGCCGAAGAUUCCCCGUGCCACCAUGCACUGGGAUGGUAAUCAGCUUGAAAUGCAAGAGAAUGGAAGCACCAGCAGUUUAAAUGAUAUCCAUCGAGAUGCUGGGAGAACACCUGAAAAAAAUGAUGACCUGAAGACCUUUAAAGGGAAGCAGCAGUCCCGGUACACCUAUCUCUGCCAGGGUCAAGAGAAUCCAUAUUACGUCAGUGAUGAGAAAAAACCCGAAUAUUUGUAAAUGGAGCAGGAUUGAUUUUUAGAGGGUGAAGCAGAUAUUCUUUCAACUAUUGAUAAUGUUUGUGCUUCUGUGCGUGUCGCAUAGCAAGCGUAAAGGGUAGGGAAGGGGGAAAUAAAGGUGGAAUUUUGUACGUUGUUUUUAAACCAAAUUCUUGGGACGUAUUUCUGUAGUGAGGCAACUAUGAAACAAAAACCUUCAACUUAGUAUUUAAAAAUCAAGACUCCAAUUUUCCUGGCCAUUAAAAUGUCAGACGAGGGACUUCCAACUUCCGGCAUUAACCUAUUGGAACAUUACCUUUGCCUCUCUUCCUAACACUAUAAUAAAACAGAUUAUUCUUCCAAAUUUAACCAAACAAUGCCAGGAGGAGCACAGAGACUUAAUGAGGAGGGUAGGAUUGGCAGGAGGUGCGGGGUGGUUUUUGAUCUGUGUGGGGAGGGGGAGCGGGGGGAGUGGAGAAGGUGUGGUAGUUGUUGAUGGAUGGGAAUUUAAUCUGGUUAGCACCCAGAGUAUUUCUUUUGGUAUUGAAGUGUUGAAUCAUAAUUUUAGAAUUUUCCUUCCGUUUUUACCAACUGAUUCAGUACAUUAUUUCCAAACCAUAAUACCCAAAUGUAAAGGUCCCUCCUUCACCAGCUAGCUAUUACAUUGUGCUGAACACAAUACUGUAGAUGGCUGCAGUAGGAGAACAUUGUUCAUUGAUGGUCAGAAGACUACAGCUGACCAUUGCAUCCAUGAGUUCCUUCUAAAUCUAGCAUAAAAUUAACAGGUUUCCACAUUUCAGCAUCCCUUAUAGUGACUGCAAAAUUGUAACAUUUUAACUUUUGAUUGGAUGUGUUUAAACAGGUUGCUCAGUCACACCACUAAUGUUCCCUCUUUAGAUUUGCAUAGUAAUAUAAUUUUCAUUGAGUUUUCAUGAAUAUUCGAUAACCAGCUCUUUUACAUUGUGCUGCUGUCUUUGAAUGGGAUGGAAAACGCAAAGCAAUGUGGUGGGACUUUCCUUUCAAAUUUUAACCAAGCAAAGUAAAAGAAAAUUGAAGCAAAUCUUAUCAUUAAUGAUUAAAAUGUUGAUUAGUAAAUGAUAGGAAAUUACUAAUUGUGACUUAAAAUACCAGAAGGAGGAGAGUCUAAAUGGCACGCCAAUUUUAGCACUGUCCAAUCACCAGCCAACUGAAGAGGAUGCAUUUCCACCUUUAAAAUGUUUUUUAACAAAUACAUUGCACAUUUUUCUGAUCAAAUAUGUGGAUGUAAAUUGUAAAUACACUGGGGAGAUACUAUACUCCAAGAUGUAUAUUUAAUUUUCUUUCGGUUUUAAUCUUUUUUGAAUUCCUUGGUGUUUUUUUGAUUUUUAGGUUCUUCAAUAUUUUUCUUCAAUGAAGACUUUCCAUAUUUGGCAAUCUAAGCAUAAAUAAUUUUGCCAAGGAAAAAGUGGUGGUACUAAGUUUUGCAAAUAAACUAGGCAGUCCUUCUGAUUUUUUUCCCUGAAAAAAAACUUCUUAAAGUUUGGUUUUUAAUACUGAUAAAUUAAUGUAAACACUAGCUUGUAUUCUGAGAAAUGCCAAUAAUUAAUUAUUAUCUAGUAAUAAUUAGUUUGUCCCAUUCUUAAAUAAACUUUAUUUUUGCACUCUGGGUCUUGACUGACAGGACUAACUAUACUGCUUGCCAUGAUUAAUACUUGUAAUGUGUGGUUUCCCUAUAAACUAUGGGUACACCAUAGAAAUAUUUGCAGAUUGGCCAUGACAUUUUGGCUAGGGUGCAUGUAUGAACUAAGUGAUCUUAUGACCAAGAAUAGUGAUGCGCACACACACUGUUGACUUCAAGGUGCAUAGUUACUGCUAUGGGACAGCAGCUUUAUGGGCCCACAGAGAUUGGCUGCAGCCAAGCAGAUUUUUAAGAUUGACGUUAGAGUCUGCCAGCCUUAAUUUGGUUGAUUUAGUUUAAUAUAACAACCUGCUGCAUAAGCUUGAGCUACAACAACUGGUAGCUCAAGACCAGAGUAAAAUGUAUCUCUGAAUAGUUGUUUGGGGGAAUUGAGCGUUUUGGGCACCUUUCCAUUCCUUUUCUCUCUGAUCUUGUUAAAGGAUAUUAAAGCACUAGUAGCACUUGAUUGUUCAAUGGUAGGAGAUGCUGUGACAAAGUGUUAUUGAAUAGUGAAGCUCAAUAACCUUUUCCAGUUUUCAGUCGAUAGGAAAUAACUCCAAAGAUUAGACAAAUAAAGCACACAAACAUUUGUUUGUCCUUGGUAACUUUAGAUUCCAAAUCCAAAUGUUGGCAUCUCCUAUUAUUGGUGAAUGGAUAUAGACCAGAUUCCUGCAGAGCUUUCCCCAAAACGGUGGUUAUCUCCUACAAUAUUCAACUUGAGUGUCUUAAAUAAUUGUAUAAUGUAAACUUCAAAGCAUGUUUGUGGAAACACAUAAGCUUGUGCAUGUAUAAACUUUUGUUUCUAGAUCAAAAUGGAACAGCCUAUAAAUAAAGAUGUGACUAUUUUUCCCCUUAUAUAAAUGAUAUAUUUUUGCAAUACAAAGAAUGACUAUCAGAAAUGGAAAUGAAUUUACUGAACUGAAAUGUACUCCAGCUUUCAAUGCACAAGCCGAUUGUACCUAAUCUGUUUGAGUUGUUAGUAAGGUUUAUGUUUUUCCUUUAACAUGGACGUUAGGCUUUGUCUUGUCUUUCUCUCCUUGUCAUUUUCUGCUUAGCCUCAUUCUACUUUGCCUUUUGUUCUGUCAAUGAAUAGAUUAUAUAUUAUUGUUUGCCCAGGAUAAGAACUAACUGCUUCAUGAGGUGGGAGUAUUCAGUGGGAAAUUGGAAGUAGCCAACAACUGAGGCAUAGAGCAAUUACUCCCGGCUACAUUAGAGCACAAGAAUUUUUUUUUAAUGGAUGUAGUUAUUAUGGUUCAUGGGUUCUGAAUGCUAUAUAGGUAUCUUUUGACUUUCGGCAUCCCAUUGAAAGACUUGCAACUGUGCUUGGUUGCAUUUUUAAAAUUUAUUUUUGGAGGGGAAAGCGUAGAGGGAAAAGAGGGUACACCACUCAGGUUGUGACUACUACUGAAUAUUUAUAGAUAGGAGAUUGGUUUUAGCUUUGUGAUGUGGUUGCCCAUUUGGAGAUCACCUCUGCACAAAACAGAACCAAAAUUCAAACGAAGAACCCUUCAGAGAUGGCAUAGUUUCUACAUUAAUUCCAAAAAAUGUACAUAAGGGAGACACUUUCACGUACCCAAUGAACCUGCUUCAUGGCUGUCACUUGUGUCUGUGUUCUGUUGCGUUUCAGUAAAUGUGUAAUGGAAAGUGUACUUCCUGGAGCUUAAAGAUUCCCGUUGCUCAAAACAAAUUUAAUUUGCUGCUCUUGCAUGGAAUAAAAAUGGCCAAAGUUGCAUUCUCAAUUUGGAUUAAUGGUUUUGCUUGUAACUUUUAUUUUGUACAUUGUAGUUAUGUGAAAUAUAAAAGAAUUUCAUGCCAAAUAGGAGUAAAAUCAUGAGAAUUUCAAGUAACUUUGUUAAAAUCACAGGUAUUAAAAUAUGAAUUUGUUUUUCUAUUGAUCACCCAUUGUACAAUUUAAACAUAUUGAAAUAAAGAAAAAUUCUUUCCAGUUUC